AUGCUGCACAGCCGGAUGAUGUCAAGGCCACUUCGGGCACUGGGCUCACUGGGACGUGGCCUGUCGCAAGGGGAGGCUAGCCUGGCAGCAGCGGCUGCAUACCAGCAGCCCCCAACAAAGGUGACGACGCUUCCGAGUGGCAUGAGAGUCGCCUCGCAAUACACACCUGACGAGACUGUCACAGUCGGCGUUUGGAUCGAUGCAGGCAGCCGCUUCGAGACCAAGGAAAACAACGGCACUGCUCACUUUCUAGAGCACAUGGCCUUCAAAGGCACAAAGCGGAGAAACCGAAUUCAGCUGGAGCAGGAGAUCGAAAACAUGGGAGGGCACCUGAAUGCGUACACCUCCCGAGAACAGACGGUGUACUAUGCCAAGUGCUUCAAGACGGACCUGCGCAAUGGUGUGGACAUCCUCGCAGACAUCCUGCAGCAUUCCACGCUGGACCAGGAACAUUUGGACUUCGAACGGGGCGUCAUCCUUCGAGAGAUGGAAGAAGUGGAGAAAACAACCGAGGAGGUCAUUUUUGACCGUCUGCAUCUCGCAGCCUUCCACGACAGCCCGCUGGGCUACACAAUCCUGGGACCUGUUGAGAACAUCCAGUCGAUAACCCGAGAGCAGCUGCAAACAUACGUUGAGUCGAACUACCUUGCAGAUCGAAUCGUCGUUGCAGCUGCUGGACCUGUGGACCAUGGCGAGCUUGUGCGCCACUCCGAAGAACUCUUCUGCCAUUUCCGACCAAGCAACGGCCAGCAGCGGAGAGAGGGAAAGGCAGCCUUCUGUGGCGCAGAGCUGCUCUACGGGUCAGCAGAGGAGAGCUUGGCUCACUUUGCCAUUGGAUAUGAAGGAGUUCCUUGGACUCACCCGGACUCGCUGACAUUCAUGGUCCUACAGACCAUCAUCGGGAAUUACAAGCGGAAUGAAGGGCUGGUGCCCGCAAGACUUUCCAGCAAUCGGCUCACGAACAGCGUGGCCAACCACCUCGGUCCAGGUGCAGAAUCAUUUGCUGCUUUCAACACUUGCUACAAGGAUACCGGAAUCUUCGGUGUUUAUGGUGAGAGCGAUGAAGCAACGCUGGAUGGAUACUUGGAUGAGCUGCUCUUUGCGAUCAGCAACCUCGCAUUCUCGGUCACAGAGGAGGAGGUUGAGCGGGGGAAGAGGCAGCUGAAGACCACCCUUUUUGGCAGUCUAGAUUCCACGACCGCUAUCGCAGAGGAUAUAGGCCGCCAGCUUCUGGUGUAUGGUCGACGUGUUCCGCUAACAGAGCUCCUGUUGCGCCUAGAGGCCAUCAACACUCAAGAGGUGCAGCGUGUUGCCCGAGAGAGACUGUUCGACAAGGACGUUGCGGUCACAGCUCUCGGUCCUCUGAGCCGGAUGCCGCCCUUAUCCGAGCUGAGGCGGCGGACUGCUGCGAGGAGGCUCUGA